AUGUCCUCCAUCCGCAAUGUGCUGGUCGCCGGCGCAACAGGGUCUGUCGGCGCCUCAAUCCUCACUGCUCUGCUUGCCGAGCCCUUCUUCAAUGUCACAAUUCUAUCGUGCCAGACACUAUCCGCCAAGUUCCCGCCGGGAGUCUUGGUCGUCAAGGUCUCGGACGAGUACAACACUGCUGAGCUCACUUCAGCUUUCCAGGGUCAAGACGCCGUCAUUUCCGCACUCAUACCACCCCUGUUACACGUGACGAAGGCGAUACCGGCCUGGCAUAAGUGGGACUUGCACUGGCAGGAUAGCGCGCCUGAAGUGGCAAGGCUGAGAGAGCAAUUCGAUGCAGGUGACUUCAACGCUACAUAUGGGCUGCUUGCACUGAGUUUCAGUUCUGAUGUAGACGUUGGAUAUGACUUUGAAGUUGAGCAGGAGGUAUGGAAUGACAGGCUGGGGUUGCCAAAGGUGGAUUUGGAGAAAGUCAUUGCAGAUGCAAUCAAGCUCGUAGAAACUAGACCUUGA